AUGGAAAAUUUAGUGACAAGUCAAUAUAUUUGGCUUCCACCAGAUAAAAAUGGUGAAUUUGAUGUUGAAAUUGGUGCGAAAGUUAUCGAUGCUCAACAAACUCAGCUUAAAGUUAUUGAUGAUAAUGGAAAGGAACGAAUUAUUAAAAAUGUUCCGGGAGCGUAUAAGAACAUGCAUAAAACAUCAUUUCAAGAUAUACCAGAUAUGAUUCAUCUUGGAGAUUUAACAGAAGGUGCAAUAUGCAGAAAUUUACUAUUGCGCUAUUACAAAGAUAAUAUCUAUACAUACAUUGGUUCAAUUCUAAUUGCCGUUAAUCCUUAUCAAGUACUCAAUGUGUAUAAUGCAGAUUAUUUAAGAGCUUAUAGAAAUAAAAAGUUUGGUGAAUUGGAACCGCAUACAUUUGCUACCGGUGAUAAUGCCUAUCAGAAUAUGUUGAGAGACAAUACCGAUCCAAAUGCAAGACACAAUCAAUGUGUUAUAAUUAGUGGUGAAUCUGGUGCCGGUAAAACAGAGUCAACAAAGCAUAUUCUUCAAUGCUUGGCAGCCAUUAGUGGUACCAAAAAAAAUUCAAGUAUCGAACAGCAAAUAUUAGAAGCAAAUCCAAUUAUGGAAGCUUUCGGCAAUGCAAAAACAAUUCGUAACGAUAACAGUAGUCGAUUUGGAAAAUAUAUUACAAUUUUUUUUGAUGAACAUGGCUCUAUUGGUCGAGCAAAAAUUGAUCAAUAUUUAUUGGAAAAAUCGCGUAUUGUAUCACAAGCCAAAGAUGAACGUAACUACCAUAUCUUCUAUUGUUUAUUAGCCGGUAUAGGAAAUGAUGAAAGAGCUAAACUAAGUUUAACAAAGCCACAAGAUUAUGCCUAUUUAAAUAAGAGUUCAAUAAAAGUUGAUACACGUAAUGAUGCUGACGAAUGGAAAGCAAUUCGUAAUGCGUGUAAAGUGUUGAUGUUUAGCGAUGAUGAAUUAUCUGAAAUAUUUCGAAUAUUAGCGGUUGUAUUACAUUUGGGAAAUUUACAAUACAAUGUUCAAACAAAGUCAAACAUGGACAGUGUUACAAUUAAAGAUAUUAAACUGUUACAAGUAAUUGCAUCAUUGUUAAAAGUUGAUGCUGAACAAUUGAACAAAGCGUUAACAACACGGACACUGGUUGUUCAAGGACAAGGCAAAGUAGUACGAGCAUUAACAACGGCAUCAGCAAUUGAUGUUCGUGAUGCAUUUGUAAAAGGUAUCUAUGGUCAAUUAUUCGAAUGGUUAAUUGAUAGAAUUAAUAUGGCCAUGAAUUCGGAUAACAGUGAUAUAAAACCAGAUGACACUUUAAGAUCGAUUGGUGUUUUGGACAUAUUUGGAUUUGAAAAUUUUGAUAAAAAUAGUUUUGAACAAUUAUGUAUUAAUUAUACGAAUGAAGAACUCCAACAAUUUUUUGUUCAUCAUGUAUUUAAACUUGAACAGAUAGAAUAUGAGAAAGAAGGAGUCAAUUGGGCAAAAAUUGCCUUUAAAGAUAAUGAAGACAUAUUGAAUUUAUUAGCAAGAGGUAAAUUAAGUAUAAUUAGUCUUAUUGAUGAAGAAACAAUUUAUCCUCAGGGUACUGAUGAAACCUUAUGUAAUAAAUUAACUCAACAUCAUGGUAAAAAUGCACAUUAUAUUUCAUCAACAAGACAAGGUGGAAAACAAUUGAUGUUUGAUUUUCUUGAAAAAAAUCGUGAUACAUUCAGUAAUGAUUUGAAAGCUGUUUUAUCUAAAAGUGAAAAUCGUCUGAUAAAAACAAUAUUUCCAAUCGAAUUAUUGAAUUUGGUACGUUUUGNUAAAACAUUUUGCUGGACCCAUUUUCUUGAAAAAAAUCGUGAUACAUUCAGUAAUGAUUUGAAAGCUGUUUUAUCUAAAAGUGAAAAUCGUCUGAUAAAAACAAUAUUUCCAAUCGAAUUAUUGAAUUUGGAUGAUCAAAAACGAAAACCAUCACUUGCGAAUCAAUUUCGAAAAUCAUUAGAAACAUUAUUAGCUGCAUUACGUAAAUGUGAACCAUUUUUCAUCCGUUGUAUUAAACCGAAUGAAUUUAAAGCUGUACAUAAUUUUGAUCGCGAACGUGUUGUUCAACAAUUACGUUACAGUGGUAUGAUGGAAACAAUCAAUAUUCGCAAACUCGGUUAUCCAAUUCGCCAUAAUUUUAACGAAUUUGUGCAUCGUUAUGCUGCUAUUGCACCAGCAAUUGAGAAAUUGCAUAAAAUAUCAGAAGAAAGAGGUGAUCGAGGUAAUCAACGUGCACUAGCGGCAAAAAUAUGUGAAAUAGCUUUGGCUGGUCAAGAUUAUCAAAUUGGAAAAACAAAAGUGUUUUUAAAAGAUGAACAUGACAUGAUGUUGGAACAAGUGCGACAAAAAUUGAUUGCUGAUCGUAUACUGGCAUUACAAAAAGCCGUUCGUCGUUAUUAUGCUGAACGACAAUUUGAGCGAGCGAAAAAAUUAGCAAGAUGGUUACAACAAACAUGGACAUGCUACGCUGAACGAAAAGCCUAUUGUGAAAUGCGACAUGGUUUUCGACGUUUACAAGCUGUAUACGAUAUGCAGCAUAUUGAUGUAAAAAAACAAUUCUAUGUUGAAACAUUACCAAAACUUCAAUUAUUAUGUAAAGGUGCGCUAGCUCGACGACAUGCAAAAUUUCGCCCACAAGCAAUUAAAAUUCUACAAGAGAAAGGUUUACAGUAUUUAGCUUGGAGAGAUGUUCGACGACACCAAAUCAGAGCUAUGAAAAUGGAAGAAUUAGAAAAUUUUCGUUAUGAAGAAGAACAACGCUUAACGCCUGAAUUAGGCCCAGAGAAGGCGCGAGAAGCAGCAGAAGCAGCUUAUCAAGAACGUUUGGCAAAUUUGGAGGAAGAAAUUCAUGAACAAGAACGACAAGAUAUUGCAAAUGCAAGAGAAAAACGAGCAGGUCGAAGUGGAAAGGAUUAUGAUGAAAAUGGUGACCUUGAAGGUUCCACAAAAAAAGAAAGAUUAAAACGUGAAUUAGAUCCAUUUAAAAGUGAUGUUCAACGACAUAAUUUUGAAAAAUUUGCUGCUAAAUAUUUUCAACAUGGAAAUGAUGCAAGUUUUUCAGAUAAAGAAAUAGCUAAAUCACUAUUGAAUUUAAAAUCACCUGUUGAUCAACAAGCUGCUGAAGCUCUUUUUGAAAUAAUUAUGAGAUUUAUGGGCGACAAAGAUGAUGUAGAAACACCAAGAUCGACCGAAAAAAAAGAUGAUAAAGAAUUAAAAAGACUUGAUUCUCAAUAUGAAAUAAUGAUACCAGUAUUAUAUCCACUUAUCGCUCAUCAGUUGGAAAUAAAACUUGAGGAACAAGAUGAUCCACAUGAAAGGAAAAAGAAACGGAGUAUUCGUGCAAAAGCUCUUGAUCGCAUACGAGCUAUGAGAAAAAAAUCAGUUUAUUUUGAAGAACGUCUCAAACGAGACAAUCCAUUUCGUGAAGAUCGUGCUUUAACAUCAUUAGAAAAAGUUCAAAUGAUAUCAAUGUUAGGUAUCAUUCGUCCACGAUUGAGAGAUGAAAUAUUCUGUCAGUUAUGUAAACAACUCACUGAUCAUCCAGCAAAACGGGAUAAAAAAAGUAAAAAUUCCGAAAAAAUGGAACAACGUCAACGUUCGUAUAUACGUGGAUGGUUUUUACUUUCAUUAUGUCUAUGUACAUUUCCACCAAGUUCAAAUUUGGUACGCUUUUUACGUAAUUUUAUUCAAAAGGCUCCUGAUCAAUUAGCAGAAUUUUGUGAAUUUGCCUUAAAACGUACAUAUAAAAAUGGUUCUAGAAAUGAACCAUUAAGUAUGGAAGAAAUUGAAGGUUUACAAAAAGCACAACCAAUGGAAAUUAAAGCGAAUAUAAUACAUGGUGAUAUAGUUAAAAAUGUUUGUUCUGAUCCAGCAACAACAGCUGAAGAAGCUUGCGCAGAAUUAGCCCGACAAUUAGAGAUCAAGGCAACAUUUGGAUGGUCAUUAUAUGCACAAUAUAAAACAGAAGGUUAUUCAAUUGGUUUUAAUAAUGAUCAUGUAUUUGAUAUAUUAUCACGAAUAGAAAUGGGUCAAAUCGAAUUAAAAGGUGAAGUUGAAAGACCUGUGGAAAUACAAUAUGUAUUUUGUAAACAAAUAUUUGCUCCAUGGGAAAAUCUCGAUGAUGAUCCAAUAGCUAUCGAUUAUAUUUAUGACCAAAUAAUUAAUGGAAUCCGAGCUAAUAUUUAUACGUAUGAGCCUGUGGCAGAUGAAACAGAAUUUGUUUUAUUAAUUGUACAACAUUAUUACAUAGUACAUGGAAAAGAUAUAGAACCAGAUAAAAUGAAACAAAUUGUUCAAGAGUUAACACCAUCCCCACCCGGAUUACCUGAUAAUAAUCAAAAAAUAAAACCAGUAUUAACAGAAAAACAAAUUGAUGCUAUUGUACAAAAAGCAAUCCAAAAAGAUGGAGAAUUCAAACGAGUUAUCAAGCGUUUAAAACAAAAAUUUAAAUCUCGUGAACAAAUUCGUCGAGAAAUAAAAAAAGAUGUUAUCAUGUAUGCUCAACAAAAAUGGCCCAUGAUAUUUUCACGUGUAUUUGAAAUAUCAACAUUAUCCGGACCAUUAAUUGACGAAGUACCAGCUGCUGGUUUAUCAAUUGGAAAAGAUAUGAUUCAUUUUUUUUCUAAAGAAACACAAAUUAGUUUAGGUGAAAUACGUUAUCCAGAAAUAACAUCGAUAAGAAAAGAUCAUGAUCAUGUAUUAAAUUAUUAUCAUUAUACGUUAGAAACUGUUUAUGGUGAUUAUACGUUUACAUUAGCAAUGGGAGCUGAUUUAGAAACAUUAUUGAAAUCAAUUCAUUCAAAUUUGAAAGAUCGAUCACGAAUGGGUAUUGCUCAAAAAGAUUAUAAACCAGCAAAACGUGGUGCUGGAAAAUUAGAAUUAUUACGUGGUGAUAUUGUGAUAUUGGAUGAUGAAAGUAAAAAAAAUUUGGAAUCAGGUUUUCUAACCGGUAUCAAUGAUCGUACAAAUCGUGAAGGCGAAUUUCCAGUCGAUAUUAUUUAUAUUAUUCCAUGUACGGAUAAACCAGAAUCAAAAGUUCUUGUACGUAAUUAUAUUUAG